CUGCCAUUCGUCUUUCGAUGCAGUGCUGGAUAUUCGGCGAGCGAGUCUGGACGGUGCCAUGUCGUCGAUUCUCUCUUAUAUAGGGUGGGCAGUCCUCCCAAAUUAUGCGACUUCUAUCCUUCAGAACAUUUACUAUGGGAUUACAAUCCGUGCAGGGGAUCCUCGACCCCAGCCUCCUUCUCCCCGAUACUACCGACAUCGUCGGCGCAUCUUCAUCCUGGUCAUAACGAGCUACCUCCUUUAUACACUUUACGAUGCCUUCUACCAGAUCCAACUAAGGGGCGACUUCUACCGUGUUCUUGGAGUCUCCCCCCUUUCAGACAACAGAACAGUCAAGUCUCGCUUUCGGCUGCUUGCAACAAUGCAUCACCCAGAUAAGCUAGCACACACUGAUAGUGCUGAGGGGGCAGACCAGUACUUUGUGUUCUUGAAGAUGGCGCAAGAUACGAUUCUGGACCCUACAAAGAGAUUUGCAUACGAUAGAUUUGGUCCUGAUAUUGUUGGUUGGAAUGAUCGGAAAACAAUGCAGGACUUCGUGUAUGGGUCGCUAAAGACUUUGGCCGUGCAGUACAUUGGAGGCUUCUUGACCAUGGUUAUCCUAAAUUUCGUCUGGUGGUCAGAUUGGGGUCGCUAUUGGCGGUUCUACACCUUUUUUGCUCUUAUAACGCUCGAGCUCUUCUUAAUCACUCAUCCACGGGCACUGUUUGUUCCAGAUGCUCUUCUUCCGGAGGGACUGCGAAACCUACUUCAUAUCUCUGUCGAUCAACCCAGCUUCUAUCUUCUGCCAUUUCAGAUUUCAGCUCUCGCUCGCCGCGUUUCGGUCACAUUGCACAUAUUCAUUUCGCAGAUAGCGCCCACCGGGGCUUCAAAGACUUCGAUGGAACAACUAUCCCCACAAACGGUUCAGUGCCUGGGACAGCUGAUGCAACUGGCCCGAGCUACGGAUGCCGAAGCAACACGGCUGGUGCAACUGGGGUUUGCACCGUUCCGGGGAGAUCGACAGAGUGUUAACGCGCUCCGCAAGGGGAUGAAGGAGGGCUUAGUCCUAAGCAGUGUAAAGGCGAGCCCUGAAGUGCAACGGGCUGUAGCGCAAGUGGUUGAACAUGGGAAAAAGAAGAAUGGCGAGGCGGACUAAACAAUUUUUGUAUAUCCCUGACAAGUCCGCCAGCUUUGGAAGUAGUAAGCCCUAAUCUGAGGUCGCGGGCUUGUGUCUAUUUCCUUUCCUUGUUGAUCAAUGACAAUGUCCAGUGAAGUCGUAGUUUGCCAAGGACAGGUCUGUUUUGGUCCUUUUGCUGGAUAAUACCACAUGUAGACUGAUGAUUUGCGAUGCUUUCUAUGCAUCACUAUGCAUCACAUUCACCGAGUGUGUAUCAACCUUGGAAACGUACAUGUGUUUUCGGCAAGAGAUCGUACAUUCUAUAGGAUUGGCAGAGUCAAGAGACACCCGUCUUAUGACGAUGGACGGGUAACAAGGGAAACCUAUCCGAAAUUUUCGUCGGAACCGGACGAGGCCUUUCUUCAUCCACAGGUUGAGCUGGCGUCACGGACGAAUAGAGCCAAGCCGUGGAACGGUACGGAGGAAUUGAUCAAUAAUGAAGCAUGGAGGUAAAUCGUGAUUGACGGAUCCGCCGGCUGAUACGUUUCUUUUCUUGUCUUUUGAUUAAUUUUUUUUUUCUAUACCCUCUUUCCUUUGUCUGUGAUGAUAAUCGUAAUCCCCUUGCAUCUAUAUAUAUUUCUUACUGUUAAGGCUGAUGAUGCAACCUGCAUGUAUUCCGUAAUACUCCGUGUAUUCGCCGUAAUCAAACACACGAAGCAGCAGAGGCCCGGAAACUGUGGAAGCAAGACAGAGAAAAGUCUAUCUAAUGAUUGCGGUUGACCGGCGGGACGGGCGAUCCAUACAUAGGAUGAUCGAUACGUCCAGAUGGAAAGGGGGGCAACAGCUGCACGUCGACGUGUGCUGGUACCACCAGCAUGACAGUAGCGCAUCAGAGCCUGCGAUGGCAGAGGAUGCAGCAGGAUGAAGCGCGUUCCUGGAUAGAAUUGUGAGAUGAAGAAAAGAAGAGGCCAAAGAAAGAAGGGCAGAUCACAUGACUACGUAAUCACUGCCAGAGCAAGCG